AUGCAAAUUCUAUUGCAUUUUUUAGUGUUAUGCUUCAUUUUGCAAACUACUUGUUUCUUGGUGUCGAAUGCUGUAGAAUGUAAAACUAGCUCGGAUCCAUCAAAGGUGGCUUAUACUAUCACGGUUUCUCAAUCUGGCGAUGCAAAUUUUACCACCGUAACAGAUGCUCUAAAUUACAUUCCUUCAGGGAAUGACCGGUGGAUCAAAAUACUACUGAAGCCAGGAACUUACAAAGAGAAAAUUCUUAUAAACGAGAAAGAAUGCAUAUUUCUUGAAGGAAGCGAUAGAUCCACAACAACAAUAACCUUUGAUGCUCAUAAUUCAACAAUGGGCAGCAUUACAUUUUUUGUGACUGUCGACAACUUUUUAGCUAAGGGUAUAACCUUCAAGAAUUCUUAUAAUCGAGCACUAGUAGCGAAUCAAGAACCAGUAGCGAAUCCAGAUCCAAUCCCAUGUGUUGCUUUUGGAUCUUUUGGUGACAAGCAUGCAUUUUAUUCAUGUGGCUUCGAAGGAUAUCAAGAUACAUUGUGGGACCAAAAAGGUCGUCAUUACUUCAAAUCUUGCUAUAUUGAAGGAGCAGUGGAUUUUAUAUUUGGCAAUGGCCAAUCAGUAUACGAGCAAUGUGCCCUUAAUGUAACGGGAGGAGGAUUCAUCACUGCACAAAAUCGAGAAUUGGCGAAUGAUCCGAGUGGUUAUGUGUUCAGAGGAUGUGAGGUUUCAGGAACAGGGCAUGGAGAUUUAGGACGAGCUUAUGGUUCAUUUUCAAGGGUUAUAUUCAUCGACUCCAAGUUAAGCAAUGUUGUAGACCCGGGAGGAUGGAACAUAUGGAGACAACACGGACACGAGAUACCUGUUAUGCUCACCCCUAAUGAUACUCCAAAUGAUGUUACAUACGCAGAAGUUAAUUGCACGGGUCCAGGGGCAGAUACAUCUAAACGAGUUCCAUGGAUGAAGAAGUUGCAAGGCUCUGACCUUCAACAUUACACUACACAAGCAUUUAUCGACCAAGAUGGGUGGAUUGCUAAACAACCAAUUUGA